GAUGCCAGGGCGCCAGGCUGAGAUGGGGAGCGCCGCGUAUGAGUUUGAGAGUUUGAGGUGUGAGAGCCGCCGGAGGCUCGUCUUUGCCUCCCCUCGGAAUGUCACACGCAGAAAGUUCCGUUAGAUGUGAACCCUGAGACCAAGCAGAAGCAACAGGCGGGUGUCAGGAGCCCCAGGACCGGCCUGGCCAAAGGACACCCCGCGCAGGGUCGUGAGAAGCUGCCCGCUUGUCUGGUCCCACGUCUGGCCGAAGUUGUUCAUCUAGUUCGGCGCUGUAUUCCCGGGCGACAUGUGUCAUUAUUCAUUAUCUGCGUACUCUGAGGCAGCAAAAGUGGGAGCUUAAUGCUUCUCCCACCCAGGCCCUUCAGCCAAAACUGACUGUGCAACAUGGGCAAACAGAACAGCAAGAUCCGCCCGGAGCUGAUGCAGGACCUGCUGGAGAGCACGGACUUCAGCGAGUAUGAGAUCCAGGAGUGGUACAAGGGUUUCCUGCGAGACUGCCCCAGUGGGGCUCUCUCCAUGGGCGAGUUCAAGAAGAUCUAUGGGAACUUCUUCCCCUACGGCGACGCCUCCAAGUUCGCUGAGCAUGUCUUCCGUACCUUCGACGCCAAUGGUGAUGGCACAAUAGACUUUCGGGAGUUUAUCAUCGCGUUAAGCGUGACGUCACGUGGGAAGCUGGAGCAGAAGCUCAAGUGGGCCUUCAGCAUGUAUGACCUGGAUGGCAAUGGCUACAUCAGCAAGGCCGAGAUGCUGGAGAUCGUGCAGGCGAUCUACAAGAUGGUGUCCUCAGUGAUGAAGAUGCCUGAGGACGAGUCCACACCAGAGAAGCGGACAGAUAAGAUUUUCAGGCAGAUGGACACCAAUGGUGAUGGCAAGCUGUCCCUGGCGGAGUUUGUGGAGGGAGCGAAGAACGACCCCUCCAUCGUGCGUCUGCUGCAGUGUGACCCCAGCAGCGCCAGUCUGGGCUAAGCCAGCAUUUCACCUCACCACACGUAUUCUUGUUUUGUUCCUUUUUGUAUUUUUUUAAGCGUUAUUUUAUCAGGACACGUAGUGUCGCAGUCAGUUAUACAAAUGCAUGUUGCAUAACUGUACUGGUGGGGACUACAUGUGUGUGUGCGCGUGCAAACUCACAGGAAAAGCUGACAGUCGGACACACACGUGCAUCCCUCAUGCAAACACACAGACACACACAUGUGCCACCUCUCAACCACGGCCGCGUUCACUCUGAGGAUUACCCUCCCUGAACAGCUGGACUGCUGAGAGGAAAACUGAUGUUUAUAUGUAAAUCGAACUUUGAAAACCCCCCCACCAAAAUACAACGCAUAGGGUCACUCAUAAAACGACACAAUGCUUCCUCCAGCAUGAGACACAUAUUUAGGACUCAUCUCUGGAUGCCGCUGGAAGUGGACAAGGAUGACCUCUGACCUUUGAACUGUAGACUAGGAUAACCUCUGACCUUCUGAUGGGAAAGCACCGGUUGCUUCUUUUUGCUUGUUUUUUAAGGCUUCGUGGAGCAUGUACUGGAGAAUUUACCAGAUGGACGUGUGCGUGCUGCAGUUUCACAGAUAGGCAUUUCUCUACGAGUUAGACCGCGCCAAGAUUAUUACUGAAUAUCCAUGUUUUAAUUCCCUGAACGGUUUCCUUUUUGGGCAGUUGCAUUUCUGAGACGUGGGGAUUGAAAGUCAGGCUGAGGGAAAGCUUGUGGGAAUCUACUGAGCAUCAGUACAGUGUAGCGUGACGUUUAAAAGUAGAAGUCAAAAGUGAAAAAAUAAGCCAAAAAAAAAGUUGUCUCUCUUCUGUUUAUGUAUCUUUUCAGAGCUUCUGGGGGAAAAAAAAAUACUUGUGUUUAUUUAUGAAUAUACUGACGUCACAAAACAGGCAUCUUAACUUACAGUAGGAGGAGGUGACCCAGCUGCCAAUAUUUUGAGUUUUGAGUGAGUGAUUGUCUUGUAUGUCAAGUUGAAAGUGUGUUCUGUAAAUGAGCACGUGUUAGGCGGGUUGAUGAAGUGAGGGGAUGUGCAUUCCUCAGUGACAAGGUCACGGUAGGAUGCCGAUCCUGGCUUCGAAUCUGCAGUUCAUCACUCUAUGUCACCAGUGCUGUUUGCACCGGGGGCUCAUUUAAUCCCUUUUGUUUUUACCACCUGAAUCGAAUGCUUCUGUUCACCAACGGAGGUGUCCAUCACCUGCCGAUCACCCACAGUCACAGGAUGCAAUAAAGCCUGCAUGUUUUCCAAAGAAA